AUGCCGAAGAAGGAUAUUACCAAUAGUAAAGACUCAAAAGAAAAGUCAGAAAAGGUUCUAAAGAAAGACCUCGCUGUCGGCAAAGAUAUUAAGGGAAAAGAUAAAGAAGCAGCAAAAGAAGUUAAGCAAAUAAAGGGAUCGAACGGGAGGGAAGGUAAAAGUCGGGAAAAAGAGUCUCCUACUAAGGAAAGCAGGGUCCUUCCUCUUGAGUAUGAGGUUAAUUCUAAGGUGCUUUGUAAGCACCGUGACGCACUUUAUUAUGAAGCGAAAGUGAUCGUUAUAGAUAACAUUCCAGACAAAGGAAAAGUUUAUACUGUUCAUUACCAGGGGUGGAAUUCAAGGCAUGACGAGAAGAUUCCUGAGUCGGAGGCUGCCGACCGUUUCCUUCCCUGUACUGAAGAAAAUCUUGAGAUGGCUCGAGCAGAGAUGCAAGAAGCUCGAAUGAUGGAGAAAAAAAGGAAGGGCAAAAAGACACCUGUUUUAAACGAUGAGAAAAAAAGUGUUGGAGCCGAAAGUCGUGGCAGUACACCGUCCGAAAAAGUUUCAAAUCGUGUUACUUCUGUUACACCUACCGAAAAAGGCACUUCGUCUUCUACUACAGGGAGGAAGAGAAAAUUGGCUUCUGUUGAAGCGGAACCUGUUCAGGUCGAUGAAUUGGGAUCUCCUAAACCAGAAAUCAAAAUUGAGAUUCCUGCUGUUCUGAAGGAUAUUUUAGUUGAUGAUCAAGACAUGAUUGUGCGGCAGUUGCAUUUAGUGAAUUUGCCCGCAAAAAAUACUGUGGAAGAUAUCAUAAAAAAGUACGCAGAGUAUACUGGUAGAGCACUGAGCAACGUGAAUGAGUUGACAUUUGAACAUAAUGGUAAUCAAACCAAACUAAGCAAAGAUACGCUUAUUGAGAGCAGUCGAGGCCUUCAGGAUUAUUUCAAUACUACGCUUGGGUCGCAGUUACUAUACAAAUUUGAGAGGCCUCAAUAUGCCGAACUGUUUGAAAAGAAAACCGAAGAGGAGAAUUCAGCUUCGAGAAGUGGGGAUGGUUCAGGAGGCCCAGGAGAAAAAAAGUGGAGGCCCUCAGGCACAUACGGGUUCAUUCAUCUGCUUCGAUUAUUCGUAAAGUUCGGUAGCAUGCUGGGUUUAACGAAUUGGAGUGAUAAAGCCAUUAAAACAGUGGUAGGACAUGUGGAAGACUUUUUGAAUUUCCUAGAAAAGAACAGACAGGAUUUCUAUGAUAUUGAAAAGGAUUAUAUUGUAGCAUCUCCUGAGUACCAGAAACGUGUAUGGAACGCGUAA